CACACUUACUCUAACAUAUUUGAAAAUGGAAUCUCAAUUGCCAAUUACUGAUGAAAUAAUAUAAUGAAAAAAAAGAAAUAAUAUAAUGAAUAUUAUUUCUAUACAAUUGAAUAAUGUGUAUUUGUAAGGCUGUGAUUUUGCAUAAGACAAGGGACUAUAUUUAACUUGAGGAAGAUUAUUUAGGGUAGUUAGAACACUGAAACAAAUAUCUUAAUCAUACUUAUGUUUCUUUGUUUAAACUUACAAUCUGUGACCUAAAAUCCAAAUUGUAAACUAUUGAGAGAGGACAAUACCCCAAUAUAAGGCAGAGUUAGAGAAUGUUGGUCCCACUCCUGCUGAGGUAGAGCUCAUCCUCAGAGUCUAAUGGAAACUCAGCCUCUCAGCAGCAAGAUACAGGACUCAACAAUGGAAGAAUCCCAUGACUGACCAUUAAUCCCAAAGCUCUUCUCAGUGGUAUAAGUGAAACCUUAUGAAAAACAUGAACUGGAUGGCCAAUUACACUGGAGAGUCUGAUUUCAUCCUGGUGGGAAUCUUCAGUCAAUCAAAUCACCCAGCUCUCCUGUGUGUGGUCAUUUUUGUAGUUUUCUUGAUGGCUUUAACUGGGAAUGCUGUCCUGAUUCUUCUGAUACAUUUUGAUGCUCACCUCCACACUCCUAUGUACUUUUUCAUCAGCCAGUUGUCUCUCAUGGAUGUAAUGUACAUUUCUAUCACUGUGCCCAAGAUGCUCAUAGACCAGAUCAUGGGUAUAAGUAAUAUAUCAGCCCCUGAGUGUGGAAUGCAAAUGUUUCUCUAUGUGACACUGGCGGGUUCAGAAUGUUUUCUUCUAGCCACCAUGGCCUAUGAUCGCUAUAUGGCCAUCUGCCAUCCUCUUCAUUACCCUGUCCUCAUGAACCACAGAUUGUGUCUUCUACUGGCAUCUGGCUGCUGGUUUCUGGGAUCUGUGGAUGGAUUUAUGCUCACGCCCAUCACUAUGACGUUCCCUUUCUGCAGAUCCCGGGAGAUCCAUCAUUUCUUCUGUGAAGUCCCUGCUGUAAUGAAGCUCUCCUGCUCAGAUACCUCCCUUUAUGAGACAGUCAUGUACCUGUGCUGUGUCCUCAUGCUCCUCAUCCCUGUGACAGUCAUUUCAAGCUCCUAUUAUUUCAUCCUCCUCACCAUCCACAGGAUGAAUUUAGCAGAGGGUCAGAAGAAGGCCUUUGCCACUUGUUCUUCCCAUAUGACUGUGGUCAUUCUCUUCUAUGGGGCUGCUGUCUAUACCUACAUGCUCCCCACCUCCUAUCACACCUCUGAGAAGGACAUGAUUGUAUCUGUCUUUUAUACCAUCCUCACUCCUGGAUUAAAUCCUUUAAUCUACAGUCUCAGGAAUAAGAAUGUCAUGGGAGCACUGAAGAAAAUGUUGAAUGUGGGACCUGUUUUUCAAGAAACUAUAAAAUAGAAACUUUUUAUAUUAAUUAUUUCAUUCUUUUUUUCCAAACAUUAUAACUCCAGAAUCUUUUGCCAGUGAUAUUUCUUAAACUUUCAUCUCAUAAUGCCUCAUAUAAUUUGCAUACCUCUUUUAGGAAUUGCUUCUGUGUACUACAAAGCUCUUUGAUUAGAUACCAUUUCCCCAUUUAAAAUGAAUUUUACUAUCAUAUUGUCCUGACAUUACACUUACUGACAUUGAUUAUUACAUAUUCUGUAGGAGAAUAUACAUACUUAUAGAAAAUACAUUAUGAGAAUAUGGAGUGGUAAAGGUUAUGAGGUGGUAUUAAAU